AUGGAAGAUGCCAUCAACAUCAUGGUUGUGGGCGAGUGCGGAGACGGUAAGAGCACACUGAUCAAUGCCCUGCGAGACCAGAGCAGGUCUGAGCAGGCGUUGUGUGGCAAGAACCCGAGCGGUGUAACCAAGGAUAUCGUGAUGUACCCGUGCCCAGACAUCAACGGAAAGCCCUUCAACAUCUUGGACACACCUGGGGUUGGAGAUCAUCAUGUGACCCCGGUGGCCCUCAUCAGCAUGAUCGAGGAGUUUUUGAUGCAGGGCGUGGUUCCGGGCGGCCGGUGCCAGAUGGCCGCGUGA